AAAACAAUCGGCCCCGCGCCGCCAUCUUGGGCCGGCUCCGCACGCCGCGCGGUGAAUGGGUCGCUAUGAGAGAGCCACAGGGGAGCGGCGGCAGCAGCAGCAGCAGCGCUCCGAGGGCUGCCCCGAGCUGCCGCCCGCCCUCGGCAGGCUCUAGAGGCCGCCCGCAGGGAGCCCUCGGGCUCGGCCUUUUUUUCUCCUUCUCCUUUUCUCGCUCCUCAGCCCGCCCCGAGCCGCGCUGCUGGACCGGCAGAGUUGGGCUCCGCCGCGCCGCCACCGCCGCCGCCCGGGAGCUGAGGGGGACGCGGCCGGGAGCGGGCCGGGGCCGGGGCCAGGGCCAGGGCUAGGGCAGGGCCCAGGGGAGCCCUCCCCGCUGUUCCGCGCCUCCCCGCCGAGCUCUUUUUCCCCCUUUUUUUUAAUAAUUUUUUAAUUUUUUUUUUAAUUUUUAAUUUUUUUCCUCACAAAAUCCUGACCGGACACAGCCGCCGUUGUGGUAGGGCGAGGGGAGGAGGAGGAGGAGGAGGAGGAGGAGAGGCGGCCGUGAGGGGUCGGCGGGCGGCAGGGACAGGGGGACAGGGCACGGACAGACGGACAGAGGGGGCCAGGACAGCGGGACAGGGCUGCCCCAGCCCCCUGUGAUCCCCCCUCAGCCCCUUCCCUCCCCCAGGAGCUUCCCCGGGACUCGCCGCCCUCCUCCCCGGCGGCCGGGCGCUGCCUGCUUUUUGCGGCGUGUUUUUAAUUUAAUUCUGUUUUUUUCUCCUUCUCCUCGUUUAAAUACCAAAUACAGACCCCCCCCCACUCCAGAGGGGGAGGAGGGGAUGGAGGUGUCUUAGGAAAAAAAAAAUCCCCAAUUCCUCAGCCCGGGCUGAAGGCCGGCCCGGAGGGGGGGGGCGAUGAGCUCGGGCUGAGCUGUGGGGAGCCGGUGUCAGGGCUGGUGCCAACCCCAGCCCUGCUGCUGCCCCUCAGCUGGUGCCAGCCCCAGCCCUGGUGCUGCUGCUCCUUGGCACCCCCAGCACCUUCAACAGCACUGCCACCCAAGCCCAGCCUGGCCCACGUGCGGCCGCCGGCCUCCUCCCGCAGGACUCCCGACCCGGCUCUUCCUUGGAGGCUUUGGACGUUGGAAGGCGAAAUGGAGCUGCUCUUCUUCUCCCAAACACUACACGUUGCGUAACGGGGAGCCAGGACGAAAGCCCCGACCCGGCUGCUGGUCUCGGUACGACUCCCAGCGCUCGGCACCCACCGGGGAUGCUUUAGGGAGCUUGAUGCGGAACAGAGUUGGAGCCUCUUCAGAGACUUCGUCGUGUCCGGCGGCUUAAUCGCUGACUUCUUUUUCUUAGUGGAUUCGUAACAUACUUUUAUGAAUUAAAUUUUGCCACUGUUUGUACAGAAGCCAAAUGACACGUGUGUUUUGAAACACGGUUCCAAAUAUAUCCAGCCCUGAACCCGGAUUCUCGCUAGAAAGAGCCGGAGGGAGAUCGGCAGUCUCUACAUAAACCUGAUUUUACUGUUUCGUGAACAUUACCCUCUUUAGAGAUGUUGCUGUAGAUUGCUUUACAACUGUUCGGCGAGAAGGGGGAUUUUCCAGCUUGCUGGACCCAGGAAACUGGAUACUUAAAGUCACUUAAAUGUUUUAACAGCAUUGGAAAAUGGGAGCUGCUACUAAGUUGGCGUUUGCUGUUUUUCUUAUCUCUUGUUCUUCAGGUGCCAUACUCGGCAGAUCAGAAACACAAGAGUGUAUCUACUACAACGCUAAUUGGGAAAAAGAUAAAACAAAUCGCAGUGGCAUUGAACCUUGUUACGGCGAUAAAGAUAAAAGACGACACUGUUUUGCUACGUGGAAGAAUAUUUCCGGAUCAAUUGAAAUUGUGAAACAAGGCUGCUGGCUAGAUGACAUCAAUUGUUAUGACAGGAAUGAUUGCAUAGAGAAAAAAGACAGCCCUGAAGUGUUCUUCUGCUGUUGUGAAGGCAACAUGUGCAAUGAACGCUUUUUCUAUUUCCCAGAGAUGGAGGUCACACAACCAACUUCCAACCCGGUUACACCGAAGCCGCCUCUGUUCAAUACCUUGCUCUAUUCAUUGGUGCCUAUCAUGGGAAUUGCAGUGAUCGUGCUCUUUUCGUUUUGGAUGUACAGACAUCACAAGCUAGCGUAUCCUCCUGUGCUUGUUCCAACCCAGCACGCCUUUCAUAUAAUGAUUGAGGACCCUGGCCCACCACCGCCGUCGCCCCUGAUGGGUUUGAAGCCGUUGCAGUUGCUCGAGAUCAAAGCUAGGGGAAGGUUUGGCUGCGUGUGGAAAGCUCAACUCCUGAACGAGUAUGUUGCAGUCAAAAUAUUCCCCAUUCAGGACAAACAGUCCUGGCAGAAUGAAUAUGAAAUUUACAGUUUACCAGGAAUGAAGCAUGACAAUAUUCUACAGUUCAUCGGUGCAGAGAAACGAGGCACUAGCAUUGAUGUCGACCUCUGGUUAAUUACAGCAUUUCACGAAAAGGGUUCGUUAACCGACUUUCUCAAGGCUAAUGUGGUUUCCUGGAAUGAGCUGUGUCACAUUGCUCAGACCAUGGCUAGGGGCUUGGCUUAUCUUCACGAGGAUAUACCAGGGCUGAAAGAUGGACACAAGCCUGCCAUCUCACACAGGGACAUCAAAAGCAAGAAUGUGCUGCUGAAAAAUAACCUUACAGCUUGUAUCGCUGAUUUCGGUCUAGCUUUAAAGUUUGAGGCUGGAAAGUCUGCAGGGGAUACACAUGGACAGGUUGGCACACGAAGGUAUAUGGCUCCCGAGGUACUAGAAGGUGCUAUCAACUUCCAAAGGGAUGCAUUUCUGAGGAUAGAUAUGUACGCCAUGGGACUGGUCCUCUGGGAGCUGGCGUCACGCUGUACUGCCUCAGAUGGCCCAGUGGAUGAGUACAUGUUGCCAUUUGAAGAAGAAAUUGGCCAGCAUCCCUCCCUUGAAGACAUGCAGGAAGUUGUAGUUCAUAAAAAGAAGAGACCUGUUUUAAGAGAGUGCUGGCAAAAACAUUCUGGCAUGGCGAUGCUUUGUGAGACCAUCGAGGAGUGCUGGGAUCACGACGCAGAAGCCAGGCUGUCAGCGGGAUGCGUAGAAGAACGGAUUAUCCAGAUGCAAAAACUAACUAACAUUAUAACGACAGAGGACAUUGUGACGGUGGUCACGAUGGUGACAAAUGUUGACUUUCCUCCCAAAGAAUCCAGUCUAUGAUAGUUGCACUGGUCACGUCACUGACCAACAGGACUCUUCACUGGAGCUGCUAAAGCUGACGGGACUGCUCACGUCGUUACUGUUUUCUGUGUGAACCGACCGCUAAGUCUCUCUGGAACAUCAUCAAGAGGUGUUUUUCCUUUAUUUUCCCCUUCCUCCUCCCAAACAGGAAUCCGUGAGACUUUCUGCAUUCCCUGCUUACACCUGAAGGACGCGGGACUGAGGAACGAGAACACGCUGUUAAGGAACUUAAAUGAAGAAUAUGGACCUGUACUGGCUAAUCACGUGUUUUAAAAACUGACAUCAGAUUUCUUAAUACCUGUCGGAAGAGACUAAUUCCUUAAAUGAACUACUGUUAUUUUUUUUAAAUCAAACAUUUCAUUUCAGAUUUAAAAAAGGGUAACUUGUUUUUAUUGCAUUUGCUGUUGUUUAUAAAAAUGACUAUUGUAAUGCCAAUAUGACACAGCUUGUGAAUGUUUAGUGUGCUGCUGUUCAGUGUACAUAAACAAAAGUAAUCAAGUGGGAUAUAGCAAAGAGGCUUCCAAGUAUUACUUAACCUCCCUCAACAAGGUAUACCUCAGUUCCACCUCUGCUAAAUUAUGAGAUUGACAACACUAACAAAAUUUGAAUAAUAAAUUGAUCCAUGUUUUGUAAAUGAUGUAUUUCAAAUUCACUGUGUUAUUUAAAAAGGGUAAGCUAUGCUUCAUGCCAACAGUAAAUGGCCAUUCCUAAAGCAGUGUUUUUAGCCUUUUCUUGUACUAGCUUGUUGUGUAUAAAAAAAAAAAGUGCUGUUUAUUGAAACAAAAUUUUCCUUCUUGUUUUAGUUUAAAGCUUUUCUCUUACCUCCAUUUCCCAGAGUAUCUCAUACAUUUAUUUAAUGGAAUACUAUUUAGGUUUGCUGUGUCUGAGGAAUAUUUGAAAACUUAAGCAUGACUUUUUUAAUUUUCUGUGAGCUAGGACACUGGAAAGCUCUGAAUUCUUUCUUUUUUUUAAAAGUCUUUUUCCUAUUUAUGUUUGUGACGAGGUCUGCCUAGUGUGUUUUCUGUUUCACUAAACAGUAUGCAGUGGGUUCUGUAUCACUGUUUCAGGAUCACCUCAGGAAGCUCAGUUACCCCAAAUUCUUAACUCUCUGCAACUUCACUCUACUUAAUGCUCGGUGCCAUCUGAUCCAACGUACUUCAUGUCUGUGAUAUGCAGAUUUAUCCCAGAACCGUACUAAAAAAUUGGAGCCAGAGUUGUCUGAUUACAAACGCUUAAAAAUUUCAGGGAUAAUUUAGUCACACGUAAAAUAUGCAAUGACAAGUAAGAGGUAACGAAUACUGAUCUUCGUACCACAGACUCAUAAAAAAAAAUAAGGAAAAACAUUGAAAUUGCUUUCACAAUGUUAUCUUUGAGUUUAGGAAGUCAUGCCUUAUAUUUAAGUUCCAAAGUGGUAGAUAGGUGCCAAAGUGCUUCUCAGAAGUACUGUUUCACUACAUUUAUUUGAUCUUUUUACACUAAUUUCCAAGUAAAAUAAAUUUUAGAGACCUCUAGAGGACAGAACCACCACUGGUUAGUGUAUGCUGCGUGCUUUUAUCCUUGUGUUUUGUUUGGUUUUGCACCAUGCAGUCAGGGGCUUUUGAAGGAAGCUCUGGAUGUUGUAAGAGCUUGCUGUGAAGGUUAUCUUGAGAAGCUGCUCCUGCAGCCACAGGAUGCUGUUUUACAUGUGCAUGAAUUUAAUCUCUGGGAACAAUAAGAGAUGUUACAGAUAAAACAAGACCUAGGUCAGCAUGCUCGUAGUAGGAAGGGAAGGAAAGGUGGUGCAGUGGUGCUCAUGUAACAUCCACCCCACGUCCCCAUCUUGGUGUUUGUCAUGUUCAUGCCUAAGGCCUCACAGAGCCAGAGGAACCCUGCUCUGAAGGGUGACCGGCACUGUAGGUACAACUCAGUGUUGUUCUGCUUGGGUAUAAAAAGGAGAAAAGUAGCUUGUGGCCACUUCUUUAACUGACAUCUUCAUUUUGCUUCCAUUUUGAAGCCAGGGAUGCUAUUUUACGCAUGCAGCAGGGCACAAUCGUAGCUGCUGAGUUCUGAACAAAGCAGGCUCCAGUCCCACCUUACUGAAGGCCUCUGUGCUCCCAUGGAGCUGUAACCCCAGUGCUGACAAAGGUGGAAUAAAUGCAGCUGAUUUAAUAACCAUUACUCAAGAUCUGAUGCAAAAUGUGGUCCUGUGUAAAAUUGGCAGCAUCUCGCUCUGAUCCUGUAAAGUUCAGCUACUGCAGGCUCUGGCAGCAAGGUGUUGGGGAUCCUGCUGGUGGUGCCCAAAAUCCAUGGGGAAUUUUGGGGUGCUGGAGGAGCCUGAGCUGGCUGAGGCAGCAAAAGUUCAAACCAUGCAGGGAUCAUUGAGGGCUCAAGCACUGUAUUACACGGAGUUUCCUGUUUUUUUUUCCAAGAGCAUAAUGUAGAUACAAAAAGGAUGUUCAUAAUAUAAUUAAGUGCUAUUUAAUUGGUUAAGAAACCCAACCACCACCCCCCUGUGCUGCUCUAGUACCGCUGCCCUCACAGGACAUUGGGAUUUGCUUCCAGAGCAUCAGGCAUGCAAGUUGAUAAAGGGCCCGGUUUUACAAGUAUAAACAAAAGCAGGAUGGGUGAAGCUGCUGCUAGUGGAACUAUUUGGCAUUAUUUACCAGCAGCCAGUGACCAGCAUCCCUCACUGUCUCCAGCAGUACAGGGUGUGAGCUCCAUGGGGACACCCUGUGCCCUGCCUCAGGAGGAGCACCCAGCCCCUGGGCCCCAUUUUCAGCUGAGGGCUGCUGCAGUGCCUCUGCUGUGUGGGCCCCAGGGCUGACAACAGAGCCAGGGCUCGGCCUCCCCAGAAGUUGAAGCCCCCUGCCAUGUUCCCUGUUGUGUUGUUGCUGGGCAAGGAGUUUUUCCAUCACCCGCUGCAUGGCUUUGUACUCACUGCUAUGUGCCCACAGCAUCUCAGAGCAGAGCCUGUGCCUCGUAGUUGGAGUUGUGGUGGGCUGAAACUACACCUUAGGAUGGAAAGUCACCGCCUUGGACCUGCUCGUUGAGAGGGGUAAAAGUCAGCCUAGGUUCAAGUACCAACUUCUGGUGUGCUACCUAAGUUUAAUCAGAGGGUAAUAAGACAUUUCCUGGUCAUAUUAGCAUUUGACAGAAUCCCUAGAUUACCGGUUCGCUCUUUUUUCCAGCUUCUCUUUUAAACCUCUUUUAAUGUUUACUUUUAUUAGGAACACUUGGUACAAAAAGCAGAAAGCUGUAACAUAGGCUCAUGGGCAAAACAAUUCAAGUAGCAUCCUUGAUGGAACAUCAUUUACCUCAGAUACUCAACCAGCAGUACUUUUUUUUUUUUUUU